AUGGGUCAUACCCUAACCAUAUUAGGAUACGACCUUGGCAUUCUCAAGUUCAACAUGGCCGAGGAUACCUACUCCUUCACCCAUAUUGAUCAGAUCCAGGGGUUCACUGGAAAGUACACCAACUUUUAUGAUCAGACAAGUAAUUUGUUAUAUAAUGCAGUGAUCAAUAGUAAUACUUCGUUGGAUAUUAUGUGGUAUAAUGUUAUGACCAACUCAACAGAGGGAAGGACAAAGAUACAUUUUGAUCAAAUAUACGAUUCAUUGUAUAUGGCACAAGUAGACCUUGCCACACAUUCAGCCACAACAAUCAUCCUUGCACAGAAUAUGACAGUUGUCCCAGUUAAUCAAAUGGACUACCAACCAUUCGCUUUUGAUCCAGUGAAUGGCUACAUCUCAAUUUACACCAUGUUGUAUCCAGAGAAUAAUUGGUACCUUUACAUGGUUGACCUCAACACACUAGAGUACACCUCAUCGAUCCAGACCUUUAGCCUCCCACUCGGAUCCAUCUCUGUCUUGUCUUCGUCAUCGUCAUCAUGA